AUGCCCACCAUCCGCAACCCUUUUGCUCGCCGUCCGGGCCCGAGCGCACUCUCUGCAGACGGAAACUCGCAACCAGAUGCUCAAAACCCGUCGCACCCUGGUUUUGAGAAGCAGGACACUGUCGGUUCUAAGGCCUCGUCUUCGUUGAGCAUCGGGACCUCCAAGAGCCAGGACAAUGGCGAGUAUAAGAUGAGCGUCGUCAACGACAGCGGAGUUUACCUUCCCCCGUCUCCAACUGAAGAAAAGGGUCUUUGGCCGCGCAAGUACCUCGGCUCGGGUCGCAACUCAACAGACACUCGCACCGACAGCGGCGACAUCGAGCACUUCUCCAUCUCGAGGGAGUCGUUCGACUCGUACAGGCGGUCAUUCGACAUCUCGGCACGGUCCCCAAUCACCCAAACCGAUCUUCCCCCGCGCCAAAGUCUCGACUCAGCACGAUUCCCGCGUCUGCCUCGAUCCGCCAUUGACAGGCGGUCCGACAGAGACCUGCCCACGGCCGAUGAAGGCUUCGAAGAAGUCGGUUUGGAUGACCAUAAGCACCAGCCCAACCGUAAGCGAGGCCUGUUCUCGCGCUUCGGCGACUCUGACCAUAAGGAGCCGAGCGCCAACUCCCCCAACUCGAGCGUAACACGCUUCUUGUCCGGACGAAAGCGCGCACAGAGCGGCGGUCAGGAACUGGGCACCAUUGAGCGGCCAAAGUCGGCGGCCUCAGUCGAGACGACAGAAAUUCACUAA